AUGACAGAAGCCAAUUUCGUUGCGCUGUUGACGCAAAGAGUGAAGCGCGUUUCUCGUAAGGAUAAAGAAGCUUGGAAUGGUGAAGUUUUCGAAAAUUUAUUGUUUGAAUUUUGUGUUUACUGUCGCGGUCGCGAUAACCGUCCUACUAUACAUCGAGCCACGGCAUCAAGAAUUAAGCAGGCGACAGUGGCAGUGCAACGCUACCAGCAGGAGAAUGACAUUGCUCUAGACCCGAUCACAAUGAACCACAUUGUCACUACACAUGCUCGCCAGCCCGAUGAAACACAAUUUACACUACCGGACGACAACACUACGCGGCAGGCUAUGGCGCUCGACGCUUCUAUGACCACUACGGCUACGACACACCACGCAGAUGCAAAACCACAUCUUUCUACCAUCAGACUCGAGAUUAAUGGAAACUGGAACGACUUUCGGGUUGAAGUAGCCUCACUUCGAUCUGCGCUGGGCUUACCAGCACAUGAUAAUUUUACUCAAGGAGAAAAUACUGGUCAAAGCGUUUAG